GGGAACACUUUGAGCUCUAGCUGUGAGAAAGCGCAGCAGCUUCUGAUUCGCAAGCAGCCGGGCAUGAACCAACAACCUCCGACUCACAACUGAUGAAGCACAGGAGCAAGCUCGCCAAGACCAAAAACUCGUCCUUAUCACCCUCCUCUUCCUCAAAGUCCUCCUCCACUGCAUCAUCAUAAUCAUCAUCAUCUCCAGUGCCGACUCGGACGCCGGCCGCCCGUCCCGGCUUUCUCCAGGCACCGCGUGCGCACCAGCGACCGUCAUGAACGUGCAGGUGAUGCCCGAGCACAAGCUGGCGUCGGUGGCUCCGCUCAAACCGUACGCCGUCGAGAAGAAGGAUGUGGAGCUCAUCCUGGUCAAAGAGCGCAACGGUCUGCAGUACACGAGCUCCCGCACGCACACGUGCACCGAGGCACCGGAGCGCGAGAUGUGGGGCAAGAAACUGGACUUCCUGCUCUCCGUCAUCGGCUUUGCUGUGGACCUGGCCAACGUGUGGAGGUUCCCUUAUCUGUGCUACAAAAACGGUGGAGGGGCCUUUCUGAUCCCAUACAUCAUGUUCCUGUUCAUUGCGGGAAUGCCACUGUUUUACAUGGAGCUGGCUUUGGGUCAGUAUAACAGAGAAGGGGCAGCCACUGUGUGGAAGAUCUGCCCUGUUUUCAAAGGUGUUGGUUAUACUGUGAUCGUCAUAGCUCUGUAUGUGGGCUUCUACUACAACGUCAUUAUCGCGUGGUCUCUGUACUACCUGUUCUCCUCAUUCACGAGUGAGCUGCCCUGGCAGCACUGUAACAACACGUGGAACAGCGACAUGUGCAAAGACCCCAAGUCCAUCAAUGGCUCCUCUCUCCUGGGCAAUGCAACCUAUGCCAAGUACAAGCGAACGCCUGCUGCUGAGUUCUAUGAACGAGAGGUACUACGCAUCCAUGAGAGUCAAGGCAUCGAUGACCUCAGAGAACCUCACUGGGAGCUGAUGCUUUGCCUCGUGGUGGUCGUCUUUAUUCUCUACUUUAGCCUGUGGAAGGGCGUUAAAUCCUCUGGAAAGGUGGUGUACAUCACUGCCACCAUGCCCUACAUUGUACUUCUGGUGUUGCUGAUCCGAGGCAUCACACUACCUGGUGCUAUGAAUGGAAUCCGUGCGUACCUCUACAUUGACCUCAAUAAGCUCAACAAUCCUCAAGUUUGGAUUGAAGCUGCCACUCAGAUAUUCUACUCUCUCGGGGCUGGUUUUGGUGUGCUUAUCGCCUUUGCCAGCUACAAUAAAUUUGACAACAACUGCUAUAGGGACGCCCUCAUGACCAGCACCAUAAACUGCAUCACCAGUUUCUUCUCAGGGUUUGCCAUCUUCUCAGUGCUGGGUUACAUGGCCCAUGAGCAUGGUGUCAGCAUUAAGGAAGUGGCCACAGAUGGGCCUGGGCUUGUGUUCAUUAUCUACCCAGAGGCCAUUUCCACUCUCCCUGGCUCCACUUUCUUUGCCAUAUUCUUCUUCAUCAUGCUUCUAACUCUAGGCAUUGACAGCUCUAUGGGGGGCAUGGAAGCAGUCAUCACUGGACUCACAGAUGACUUCAAGAUCCUAAGGAGAAACAGGAAAUUGUUCACCUUUAUCACUGCAUUUGGGACCUUCCUGGUUGCCAUAUUGUGCAUUACGAAAGGAGGGAUUUAUGUCUUCACCUUAUUGGACCACUAUGCUGCAGGGACGUCUAUUCUGUUUGGAGUUCUUGUGGAGGCCAUAGGAGUGUCCUGGUUCUAUGGGGUGGACAGAUUCAGUGAGGACAUUGAACGGAUGAUGGGCUUCAAGCCAGGACUCUACUGGAGGCUUUGCUGGAAGUUUGUCAGUCCUGUUUUUCUGCUGGUUGUGGUGAUUGCUAGCAUUGUCACGGCCAACAAUAUGGAAUAUGAAGGCUACGUUUUUCCUAGCUGGGCAACCUUGGUGGGCUGGGGCAUUGCCCUUUCCUCUAUGAUCUUUGUACCACUCUAUGCCAUCUACAAGUUCUUCAGUUUGCCAGGCACCUUCAAGCAGAGGAUAGCAUACUGCAUUACACCAGAACACGAACAUCAUCUCGUGGCAGAGGGAAACAUCAGGCAGUUCAAGCUCAAACACUGGCUUGCCAUCUGAUGUGACCACCAGUGCUGGAAUGCCAUCGGAAAUCCCAGGCGGGUGACGUGCCAUGUGUGGACCCUGAGAGAAAUGGGUCUGCAGUGAAGUGGAAAAAGUGAAGCGAUGACUUCUGUGUGUCUCAACCACAUACCCUAUUGUCUGCACAGCUCUGCUUCUCUUCUGUGGGUCUCUUUUUCUCAGUGGUGGAGAAAAAAAAAAGUCUUUUAAUGUCUCUAUUUUGCUUUUUUAUUCUAAUUAUUUUUUUAAACAUUACACCUCCAAAACCUCAAUUUUUUUAAAUUAUUUAUGACCUUUUUAAAUUAAUCAUAUUAUUUUUUAUAUUUCAUUUCAACCUGUAGCACAUUUAGUGUUUCCAGAGAUAAAAAUACACCAAGUCACGUCACUUAUUUUAUCUGUGUGUCUGUGUGGGUGGUGUGUGUAUGAGGGUAUGAACAGUAACCAACACAUAGUUCUUUCCUCUGUAAUAUCCCCCCCCAUUUAUCCACUAAUUCUGGGCAGACACAUUACCCAACUAAUAUUAGACUUUAACGGCGUAAGAAUCCCAUACGUUCUUCUGUGUCCCAGAGCAGCAGUGAAAUCAUUCUCGCAAGUGUAUCCUGCAUCAGUGCCUUAUUGAGAAUCUACUGGUCAAUAACUAACAGUUUUAAUUCAUUUUAAUAACGUCAAAAUCGGUGUUUACUACGACCAAAGCAUUCAAAUUAAUAGGAAUCUUUAUAAACAUGAUACCAAGCAUGCAUAUUAACUCAAUCGCAGAGAUUCCCUUAAAAGACAUAAAAGACAUGUUUUUUAUACUUGAAAAAAAUUAAUAAAAUCACUCCAAAGACAAAAUUGUAGGUCAUAAUAUAUAAUAAAGGAUAUUUAUCCUUAAAUUUGCACAAUGUCAAAAAAAAACCUCUAAAAAAAAAGUUCAUAUCACGUUCAGUAUUGUUCUAAAGUUCAUGUUCAUGUUCAAGACUGUUAUCAUCUGCAAAUGUAGGAUGUACACCUAAUGGAGCUGGAGCCAAUUAGCUUAAAGUGUUUAAGAAAAGAAAAGAAACAAACCUUGGGUCAAUGAUACGUGUUCUGUUAAAUGAAUCCGUCAAAGUAGUUUUAACCUCAUUAAAGCCUGUUGGUGACUGAAGGUGGGUUUCUGUUGCAGUUUUGUGCAAACCAGAAGCGAGUUUACUUUAAAAAAAAUUAAAAAGUUAACACAAUCGUGAAUAGUCUUUGUUUCCAUUGAGUGAUGUUCUGUGAUUAAAGCUGGGUUUUCUCCUCUCUCUCAGUAGUAAUUCCAGUUCAACAUGGCAUUAGAGAAUACGAAACAAGCCGUGUUUUUCAAUGACUUUGAAUGAGGAGUCUACAAACCUUUGAAAUAUGUUUCCAUUUCAAACAUAUGAAAUAUUGCUUUGUCAAAUCAUCUGAAAAAGCACCUCAUGCGAAUGUUUAAUCUUUUUUUUUUUGAUACUUGAGAGAUUUUCCAACAUUCAUGUGUUUCCAUUACUCGUUUUUAGUUCGUAAUUUCAAAUGGCGCAUUACACAGGUUAAUGGAAACCUGCCUUGAGAGAUUUAUGAGUAAAGACCAUAAAAUAUCUUACAAAGUAAAAUAUUUAUUUAUGGGGCAAUUAUAUCUAAGAUAUGCAAAAAAAAAAGACUGUUAUUUUUUGAAAAAAAAAAAGUUUUUGUUUUGUGCUUGAAAAGAUUGCACAGGGAAAUGGUAGUUCAGUUGUUAAGAGAUUGGACUACUGAAGAUUGUGAGUUCAAGGCCCUUAACUGUCAGCUGCUUAGUUCUAUGAAUGAGAUAAAAGGAAGUUGCUCUGGAUAAGAGUGUUUGCCAAAUGCCAUAAAUGUAUACAGAGUUCUGUUUCAUGUGUUACACACGUACCACUGUCAAGCCCAUAACAUAAUCGCUCCCUGUUGUGUGUGUGUGUUUUGGGGUUACUGAUUUGUUGAGAAUUUCUCUCAGGUCAAAUUUGCGUUGCAUCCCUAUUUUAAGGAAGAAAAAAAAAACCUACUUCCUUAUAAUUUACUUAGUAGAAACAAAAAGUGUUAGAAGUGCCAAAAUUCUUCUUGUAUUUUCUCUAUUUAUUAGAGUGGAAAUGCAUUCAGAUAUAUACAUUACACUGUAAACACGGUAACUGGUUGGGAUCAAGACACAGUUGUGGUGUCUAGAUAUAUUAAUGAAUAAAUAU